AAUUUCCCAUCUGGCAUGAGUUUGCGCCUGGUCGUCUGGCUGUUCGACUGCUGAAAGCGACCAUCGCCCGUCCCGUCUCUCCUCCCCAGCAGCGACGACGACGGCGACAGCGACAGCGACGGCGAGAGAGAUCCUGCCUGUCGCUGACAGUCGGUGAGACACAGCUGCUCGCCUGUAGACUCGUGUACCACCCUUGUUAUACCUGUUCUGUAUACGUUCCACACCUGCACAGCUACUGCCCAAUUAUAUCUCGCACGCACUCACAGCUCCAGAUACAUACCUGUCACACCCAUCCUCAACUCUAUUCCUCGCCCCUCCUCCUUGUUCUCCUCCCUCCCUUCCUCGCUCGGCCACACCACCGCUGCCCCCUUCGACCCCCAUGUCUGCAGGGCAACCCGGAUCCAUGUCUGCCCCCCCACCUCAUGCUGACCAACAUCCCUCGCCCCCUUCCGAGUGGGAAGGCGACAAGAUGUUUAACAUCUAUAUCUAUGACUAUUGCAACAAGCGUGGAUUUCGUGAGACCGCGAAGAAACUGCUCGUAGAGGCAGACCUGACGCCAGAUUCUACCCCCCCAAUCGACGCGAAACAAGGCCUCCUAUUCGAGUGGUGGACCGUAUUCUGGGUCCUGUUCACCGCCAAGAACAACGGUCCAAACGGUCAUGGGAACGACGAUGCGUUGGUAUACACCCAGUACCAACUGCAGCAAGCUAACAUGAGACAAGUCCGUCCACAACCUCAUCAGAUGCAUCGCAUGAUCAAUGGUAAUCAAGGCCCGAUGCAAAACGGCGCACAGGGAUCCAUGUCCUUUGCCAUGCCACCCACCGGUCCUCAACCAAAUGGCAUUCCGAUACCAUCGGGCGGCCCAACUCCGGCGGGCGCCAACCCUACCCAGCCACAAAAUUUUAAUCCACUCGUAGCCGGCCAACGACCAGGAGGUCCUCAACAUCGCGGCCCAAACGGCAUCAACUCGUAUCAAUCACCCACCAUGGCGCACUCUCCGCACAAUCCGGGCAUGAACGCUGGGCCAAGUCCACAGCAUCCACAGCCACCGAUGGGCCAAUUGGGACCAUCGCCACAUAUGCCUCACAUGGGUCAGAACAGGAUGCUGCCACCCGGCGCCCACAUGGGCGCUGUUUCAUCCGCACAGACAUCAUUCAUGCAGCUCAGUCGCUCUCCCAGUCGACCCAACACUCCAGGACAUAUGCAGCAGAGCCCAUCACUGGCGAACCGUCAACCCCCGGACUCACAAAUCAAUGCUGACAUUCAGAGCAUUGGGCCCGUGGCUUUCAAUCAGGCAAAACAUGAUCUGGGCUUAGACGAAAAGGAUAACAAUGCCCUCACGCAGGAUGACAAGCACCGGAUCGUUAACCAAGUUAAACGUAUCGGUCUUACCCAAAUGGGUAGGAAACCUGGUAUACCGCUCGCAGGACCGUCAAACCUUAUCCCAGGCAUGCAGCUCCAGGGUCAGCGUCCGGGCCAGCCUCAGCCACCGCAGGUUCCACAACAGCCGCCCCAGCAGCAGCGAGUCGUCAAGCGCAACAGCACGUCUCCACCAGAUGAAGGUUCGUUGAUGAAUACUGAUAACUCGCCCCCGGAUAGGAAGCGCGUCCGUCGCUCCUCUAUGACUAUGGAACACCCUCCGCCUGCGUCGCAAUACCCGCCUCAGCAACCGCAGGGGGCCAAAGGUGGUCCUCAGCCAAUGCCCAACGGCGCGAUGAUUCGACCAGGUCCGAUGGGAAGUCCGAUGCAUAAUUUCCAACCACACGGUCCGGCAGGCAUGGGAGGAAAUCCUGCUGUGGGAUUGCAAAUGGGUGCCCCACCAAUGGGAAAUUCCAUGGCCCCUGGAAUGGCAUCGCAAGCACAGAGUAUGAUGAUGCAGCAAAUGCAGUACCGACAACCUAUGCAUCCAAUGCCGAAGAACAUGGCCCAAGGUCCGAACAUGGCUGGCAAUGCGGGAACCCCGACGCCAGGUGACCCUGGAUUCAAUCCAGGACAAGGCCAGCCCGGUGCUUUCUCUGGGCCACAGGGCAAUCGCGUCGCAAAGCCACCCAACAUGAUGCCUCCUCCGUCGUCGCCAGCUGGAGGACCCCCAAAGGAGCAACCCAAAGAUGGUAACAAGGCACCUGGUGCUCCCAACGGUUCCGGUCAUCCAGAUCGUUCACCACAAAACCAUCCAACUAACCCGACCCAGCCAGGGGGACAAGGCCCUCCCAGUGCGGGCAACCCCCAAGGAAAUACAGCACCUCCCACGCCAAGCGGGACGAGCUCGGCGACCAUCACUGCAUCGCCUUCGGCAGUCAACAGUACGCCGACUCUCAACCCAGCAUCUCAACCGACGUCAUCCAUGACUGAGCUUCCAGCAAAUUUCCUUGCGGAUGAUUUUAUGCAGUCUGUGGCGACGUCACUGGAUAGUUUUGACCCUCAAGGACUUUUCAGGACAAGCGAGACUGGGAUUGACUUUGAACAAUUUCGUGAGUGGUUUGAUCCUGGUCCACCAGAAGAAAUAGACGGAAUGAGAAAUGAUUAACGGGAUGGAGACGCUCUGUGGAAAGACUGCUGCGUAUGUCUUUUGAACUCCCCUUGUAGGUCGAGUUUCGUGUUACAUUC